AUGCGGCGACUGCAAAGUAUUGAACGUAGACUUCUGAGGGAACCAGAGUUGCGUCAGGAAUACAACAAGUUUAUGCAGGAAUACCGAGAAUUGGGACACAUGCAUAAGGUACACAUCAAUCCAGCCGACGAUAAAAAGAGGUGUUAUCUUCCGCAUCAUCCAGUGGUGAAACAAUCCAGCACAACCACCAAGGUACGCGUGGUUUUCGAUGCGUCGUGUCGAACAAGCACAGGAAGGUCGCUGAACGACGCAUUACUUUGUGGACCGGUCAUCCAAGACGAUCUCCGAUCACUUAUACUUCGCAGCAGAACGAGACAUAUUAUGUUGGUAGCCGACAUCGAAAAAAUGUUCCGGCAAAUCAAGGUUCAUCCAAACGACAUGCCGUUUCAAAGUAUUUUGUGGCGUAAUUCACCAGACGAGGAGGUGGAAACUUAUGAAUUGGCAACGGUUACGUAUGGGACCAAACCUGCCCCAUUUUUGGCUACCAGAACUCUAAAGCAACUGGCGACGGAUGAAAGAGAACGUUUUCCUCAAGCGGCAAUAUCGUUGAUGGAUGACGUUUACAUGGACGAUGUUUUAACUGGAGGUGCAGAUGUUUCGGAAGUUGCUGAACUUCGUAGACAACUUGAGCUGUGCGCAAUUAGUGGCGGGUUCUGCUUCAGAAAAUGGGCUUCAAAUUCUCCGGAGGUUCUCCUAGAUGUUUCUCCAGAAAAUUUGGCAUUGAAAGGAGAGAUUGGUGUUGAUCUAGAUCCAGAUCCUGCAGUUCGCACGCUAGGGUUGACGUGGUUACCAGGAAGGGAUGUUCUCAAAUUUCACUUCAACAUAGCGGAUUUGGAAGGCGUUAAAAAUUUAACCAAGCGGAAGGUGUUGUCGUUCAUCGCUGCUCUAUUCGAUCCUCUAGGCUUCAUCGGAGCUGUAGUGACGUCGGCAAAGAUAUUCAUGCAGAAGAUUUGGUGCCUCCAGGGUGCCGACGGUAAGAGCGUAGAUUGGGAUCAACCUUUGCCACACGAGAUGGCAGAAGACUGGCGUAAUUUCCAAGAAAAACUUCCACUCCUGAAUAAGUUGACGAUUUCACGCUGUGUGGUAAUACCGAAUGCUACGGAAAUUCAGUUGCAUGUGUUCACAGAUGCCUCAGAACGCGCAUAUGGUGCCUGCGCGUAUUUUAGGAGCGUUGAUACAGACGGCAGAGUAAAGGUAUCGCUGCUUACAUCCAAAUCGAAAAUAGCCCCUUUGAAAACGCAGUCAAUCCCUCGAUUGGAACUAUGCGGAGCUUUGCACGGAGCACAGCUUUCAGAAAUGGUCAUCAAGGCAGUCAAAUUCAAUCCCAAGGUAUUCUUCUGGUCUGAUUCAUCGUGCGUGCUGCAAUGGCUGAAGGCAAUCCCCAGCACGCUUACGGUAUUCGUCGGGAACAGAGUUUCCAAGAUUCAACAAAUUACGGAGCAGCAUGUAUGGAAUCAUGUACCAGGAACCUGUAAUCCAGCGGAUCUCAUAUCGAGAGGUUUAUCACCUGGAGAUAUUCUGUACAACGAACUAUGGUGGGAAGGCCCUCAAUGGCUGAAAAACGACCACAGCACUUGGCCUAACGCACCGGUAACGUUCAAUGAAGACGAAGUAGCUAAAGAAUUUCGACGUGAGGCGGUUCAGUGUUCGGCGGUCGAAAGGGAAGCAUUUGGAAGGUGGUACGUUAAGCAGUUUUCAACAUUUAGCGACAUGGUUAGGAGGACGGCGUAUUUGCGUCGGUAUUUGAAGCCAACUCAGAAACGAAAGCAAACAGAAGGUUUUCUGACUACAGAAGAGUUGCAAGAAUCUGAAUUCAUCAUCAUUCGCCACGCACAGCAAGAAGACCUUAGCGAAGAAUGGAAAGCACUCAAAAGGCAGCAGCCUGUUCCCCGAAGCUCGCAGUUACGGUUUUUCAACCCGAUGCUUUCAGAAGACAAUCUUAUCCGAGUUGGUGGUCGACUCAGACAUUCUAGCGAAGCAGAGAAUACGAAGCAUCCGAUAGUCCUUCCUGCAAAACACCCGAUAACCAGAAUGAUUAUAGAGCACUACCACAAGCGUUUGCUCCACGCCAGCCCGCAACUUCUACUCGCAACAGUGCGGCUCAAGUACUGGCCACUUGGAGGUCGGAAUAUCACCCGAAUUGUGGUACAUCAGUGUCAGCGUUGUUUCCGAGUAAAACCAAGAGCCAUCCAGCAGUUCAUGGGCGAACUUCCAGCAGCCCGAGUCACCAUCGCGGCACCCUUUAGUCGCACUGGUGUAGAUUACUUUGGUCCGGUUUAUCUACGUCUUGCUCCCCGCAGACCAGUUUCUAAGGGUUAUGUCGCCCUUUUUGUCUGCAUGACUACGAAGGCCGUACACCUUGAGCUGGUGUCUGAUUUGUCGACGGAACGGUUCAUUCAAGCGCUAAGGAGAUUCACCGCAAGGCGAGGAAAAUGUUCAGACAUUUACUCGGAUAAUGGGACGAAUUUUGUAGGCGCCGACAACCAGCUUCGUAAACUACUAACCAGCGAAGCUCACAAGGAGAAAAUGGCACGAGAAUACGCAGGAGAUGGAAUCAAGUGGCAUUUCAACCCGGCCGGCGCGCCGCACUUUGGAGGAUUAUGGGAGGCGGCGGUACGAUCGGCGAAACACCAUUUAAUACGCGUCUUGGGGGACAAUCCAGUUAACCCUGAAGACUUCACCACAUUGUUGGUUCAAGUAGAGGCCUGCUUGAACUCACGACCAAUUACAUCGCAGUCAGAAGAUCCCAACGACCUGGAACCUCUGACUCCCGGACACUUCAUAAUUGGCAAACCAAUACAGCAACUACCAGAUCCAGAUUUCUCAAAUAUUCCCAUGAACCGACUUCACUACUGGCAGGCAGUUCAAAAGCAAUUACGAGAAUUCUGGAAGAGAUGGCGUACGGAGUAUUUGACACAGCUACAGGGACGAGCGAAACGUUGGCAACCGCCAAUCAAAAUUACUGAAGGUCAGCUCGUCGUUAUGCGUGAAGAAGGUCUACCGCCAGCCCGGUGGAAAUUGGCACGCAUACUCCAACUACACCCCGGGGACGACAGAGUCGUCCGCGUGGUUACAUUAAAAACUGCGAAGGGUUCCACUACGCGACCGGUGGAGAAAAUUUGCAUACUUCCAUCUGUCGAUUCCAAGGAGGAAGAUUUGGUAUCUCCUGAUCAAAAUUAG